GCCAGAGCCAGAGCCAGAGCCAGAGCAAGAGCAAGAGAAGCAUGAGCCAGAGCCACCUCCACGGGCUGCUCCUUCCCCCAAAGCCCCUCCACUCCCGCAUAGAAAUAUGGCCCUUGGCCCCUUCCACUCUUCCAGGUUGCUCCACACGCCCCAAAUCGGGCCAACUGGGUCUUCUGCCCGUUUGACUUGCCAAACAAGGCCUCGCAGCCCUUUCCGCCUGGUCCGUGCUGGCCAGGGGGGUUUGCCAGUGUUGGCGAACGGGAGGCCGUGAAUCUGCGACGUUAUCAGCAAAAGUGACACGGGGCGACGGUCGGACGGGCCUUUUCGACAGGGUGCCAAGGGUGGGACGCAGCCCCGGCCACACGAACCGCCACAUGGGCAACUUGUCCCCCACACGGAUGGUUUUAAUAUGGACAGCGUGCUGUGGGGGUCCAAGAUAAGCGUUUGUGCAGCCUGAGG